AUGUCACACAAAGAUACUGCCGCCUCUGCGGCUGGUCCCUCCCAACCCGAUGAGGGCCAGCAACCGAAAGAGGUAGAUGCCACCAGCAACACAAUCCCUCCUGGGUUUGUUUACCAGCACCUACACCGGCCUCUCGAUUCGGCCGAGAUCUUCCCUAUGCAGUCGUGGAUGGACAACAAUUACGAUCCAGCGCCUGAUUUUUUCACACCCUCUGACUGCCCAGAUGACCUACUCCUUGGAAACCAGAGCUGGGAAUCCUCGCUCGAGGCUGCCAAGGUCCACUGGCAUACGACUCUCCAGGGCUCAGGUCUCCUGCCGGGCUGUCGACUGAUGCUUGACGUCAAACGGGACAAGUUGAAGCCGCUUGGUUUCCUGAGGUCUCUGCUCAAACUUCGCAGCCAGGCCUGUGCGUCAUCCUUUGUCGUUUUCGAGGGCAGCCGUCUGCUCCACUCCCUUGUUACACUGACGCUAUGCACCUUUCACUACAAAAGGGUGGUGACCAACUAUCCCGAAAUCUUCAAGAUUGUCUCAACCCUUGAAACUUUGACAACCCCGGAGUUCCAAACCACACUUUCCAAGAUCAUUCGCGGUGGAGAGUUGCCUUCUGAGCCAUACUACGCAACUUUGAGCAUGCAAAAUCCCAAACUCUACGACAAGAUGAUAUGGGUCGGGGGCACUUACGUCCUUUACGCUUACCAUCUACUGUGUAACAUGCGGACUGGCUACACUCCUAGACAAAACGACCCUGCCAAACACGGCUUCUACUUUGAGCAGCUUACGGACUCCAAUGUAGACUCGGGCGUCAUCCGAAUCAUGGACUUUUCAACCCACGAUUGGGUCGUGGCACUUUGCACCGUGUUAUCAUUUACUUUAAACCGUACCGUGAUCAAGCAAGAGCGGGCGGUACCCAGGAACUGCCUCUCUGCAUUGCACGUGGCCGAUGAGGUCACCUUGGGCCGCGUCGCAGACGACAAGGAUGGCAAAAGCACUCACGACAGCAAGUCGAUGGACUUAAGGCAACAGAUCAAGAAAAUUCUUAGGGAAAGCCGCGUUCGCCCAGGGAAGCUUCUCGAGUAUCUCAAAAGCUUUAGUCUGUCCCAGGCCCCAGAAGACCACGAUACGGAGGCAAUGGACGAGCUAUUCGUGAAGAGACAAAUGUAUCUGGCCAGUGUUCAACCCAAUCCUUUCCCGGCACGCAAAUCAGUUCAAGGCGCCCAGGGCAGCAGCAUUUUCAAAGUGCCUAUGGACAAAAAGACCCUGGACCACGUCGCCGGCAUUGUCACUGACAUUUUUCGGCCAGCCGUUAAUGCUGCGCCUGGCACAAGAGCCACCCGGCGGUUCAUCAAGACCGUGCCUCAGGCUGAGGUCGAAUCCUUUAUCCAGUCUCAAGGCCCCCUCAUCGAAAAGCUGGUGGCCCAGGAGCACAAAAAGAACGAGGAGCAAAGCGUGGAGGACAUACGUGAAAGCAUAACGCUUGACUGCCAGCGUUCAUUUGUUGGUAGCAGUCUGAUGUUCAACAGCCCUCCUCGCCAGACGGACAUUACAAAUGUCUGCAGGUGGUUGGCGCUGGAUCCAAGCGGGGAUGAUUUUACCUUCAACAAGUCCAACACUGAAGUGGUAACAAACAAGAAGGACAGCGAGGGAAAUUUGAUCAAGGAAUGUUUCGAGUUCAUGCCACAUCAGGUAUACGACGCAUCAAUAGCCAUGGACGCCAUCAUGUCGCCUAUCAGGGGGUGCAUCUUGGCGACCUCGUACGGUCUUGGCAAAACCAAUACCUACUGGGCUGUUGCGGAGGCAACACACCAGAAAAACGUGGAAGCGUCCAAGAACGACCCGAACUUUGAGUUUCAUCCCAUUAUUGUGACCGUACCGUCACACCUGAUCGGGGACUCAUUCGAAGCAUGCAACAAGAACUUUGCUGGGCUGCUGUUCCCACGGGUGUAUUUUGGCACUGCCGAGCAGGCAGCAACACCCUCUUUGAAAGCGGCAACCCUUGACAAGAAAGAUUAUCAAGGAUGGGUACGGCGGAUGAUUGCCAAACGGAAGGACCCCGCAACUGGAGCCCAGGUCUUGAUCACUUCAUACUCUACCUCCCAGCUGAGGUGGCUCUCUCGGGACGCGACCUUCCGGUACCAAGACGGCCAAACGGUGACGUACACAUCUCAGAAGUCAAGAAAUCAGCCGGUGCAACGGGGGGCUAUCGUUGCGCGGGCUUCAUUGAGCGUCUCCAACACAUCGCACGAGAAGGCGGCAGAGGCUCAAGACCUGUUUGCUCAUGAAGACAAUCCCGCUAUACAAGAGGGCGAUGACGCCGCUGAAUUCGAACGGCACAAAAGCCUGCGGCGAGACGACGGAACUUUGCCCACACACUACAAGACGACGUAUCUCCUCAAAAGAGCAUUCCAGCUUGAGGGGGCUGAUUUCAAAUUCAGCCUCCUCAUAUUUGAUGAGGCGCAUACUCUCCGCAACUCUAGGUCCACAUUCUCAAUACUUGCAAGACUCUUGCCUCGGACUAAAGACGCGGGACUGCUCCUGGUAUCCGCAACGCCGAUCCUGAAUUCGGUUCAGGAGAUGCGCAGUCUGAACACCAUUAUGGUGCACCAUUCGGGUAUACCAUUCUCCCAACUCCCAAUCAGUGGAAAUCCUGUAGAAUUUCAAGAGCUCAAAGCCUGGUACCAGACCGACCCAGCAAAGAACCAGUUCUUCUUUAUGGCGCCGGGAGUGGCGGCCAAGGUGGCGCGGUCGAAUGCAGCAGAGCGCGACUUCGUUUAUGAAAAGUUGGCUACCUUAUUGAUCAGCCGGAGACACGCACACUCUCCGCUGACUCUCAACAAUGGCAAAGUGGUAUACCCCGGUACCACCAUCCCCCCUUUGACCAUUUGCACCAUCGAGGUCGGCCACAAGCCGGGAUCUGCUGACCGCCAGCACACCGCGUACUCGUCCGACUUCUUCCUUGGCUCGUUUUUUAAGGAAGCUAUGGCUCGAGACACCUCUGACGUCGACCCGAUACCUUCAGCCACCAGGGGCGCUACAAUCGAGGAAAACGACCUGCUGCCACGCAAAGCCAACGAUGACGACAACGAAAACACGGACGAGGAAGAGAACCGCGACCUGAGCGAGUUCAUAGCGCAGUGGAAUCUGCGCCCAAAGGCAGCCUGUCUAGCCUUCCUCUUGCUUCGGAACGAUUACGUCGGCGAUCGCGGUAUCGAGCGCUUCUCCCACGCCCGGCAGGGCCUAGACGUGCUCGAGUCGGCACGUCAGUCGAGCGGAGGUCUGGAUGAUGUGGACGUCUUGGAGGCCAAAGUCGCCGAGAUCUACCGGCCUCCGGCUAGCUACUAUCAUCUGAAGAACCUUGACAGGAAGACUGUAGACCCUGUGGUUGACGGCUCUUGA